CAAAUUUUGUUGGUUUUAUUGGUAAAAAGGAUUUUAAGGACUUUUACGGUUACAAAAUUGUAAACAAUAGCAAAUCAAAUGAAAGAUAAAUUAAUGAAUCAAUUUAAUAAAUGGAUGGUUAUUUUCAAUGACUUGGAGAAUAGGGUGAUGAAAUUAGCAACUUUACAUCAGUAAUCCUGUAAAUUCACUAGGACUACAUGGUUAGAAUCGUAACUUUAAAAAUUAAGAGAGAGCAAGCAAAGCUUACCUCAUCUUAGACGCAAUUGAGCUCCAGAACAAAGAGCGGUCGUCCCUCUCUUUCUUCUUCCUUUCUUUGAACUUUACUUCUUCAUUUCUUCUCACGACGCGCAGGGGGAACGGUUGGCGGCGGCCUGGAUCGUCGAUAGAGGCGGGCGGUGACACGAUGCUGUGGCUGGCGGUUGUUGCGGCGGAGGAUGCAGGGGGUACGGCGGUGAGGAGUGACGACGAUGGAGAUGCGAGGCGCGAUGGUGGGAGGUGACUGGUGGUGUUGCUCGGGAGAGAGGAGCUGUGGCGGCGACGGCAGUUCAGUGGCACCGGUGAGUUUUGCUCUUUCUUUUAUUUAAAUUGUGUCUUGGCUGGAGCUGUAAAAUGGUAUGGUUUUUUUUCUCAGAGCAGGCCCCUCUCCCCCCGGUGUCCUGCUGCUUCCUUAUCCUUUUAUAGUACCCAAAAUCAUUGUACCAAAAUCAUUGGAAGCCCGAAGUUGUAAUAGAAGUGGAUUGUAACGGGAUGAUGAAUUUCUUGUGUUUAAAUCAGGUUCGAACAAAAUUAUUUACUUUGGGAAAAUCCGGAUAAAAAUGGGUGUCAACAUGCUCAAUCUGUCUUUCCCUAAUAGGGCGUGUUUCAACCUUUCGAGCAACGGGACGGCGGCUAGACAAAGUUUGGUGUGAAUUUUGAUGACCCAAAUCAGGGAAUUGCAAAUUCCACCAGCGGCAACCUUGAAAACUAAGGAAUCCAUGUUCUCACUCUGUUCUCUGUUUUUUCUUCCCUUCGUCUUUCUCGAAACGAUAUCGACGAGAAGGAAGGUGGAGGCAGGGGAAGGCUAGAACCUUUAGAAGACAAGAAUGAACGCUCCUCCUCUGCUCCACCCCUCAAGCAAUGAGUCAAUGAAAUGUUCUAAGAAUUCCUUUGUCACAUCAUAAGAUGUAUAGAUUAGAGUGUACCAUCAUUCAGCUCCGUAGUAAAAUUCAAAUGCUUUUGGCAAACCAUAAUGUUUAAGCAUUUCUGUUAGUGUUGUGGUAUAUGAUCCACGAUUGAACUUCUCUCAACAACUGAGUUAUUGGGAUCAACUGGUUCUUGACAUGGUAUAAGAGUCUUCUGUGACCGGGAGGUCUUGUGUUUGAUUCACGAUGACUCCCAUUUUUCAUCCACAUAGUAUUCUUGUCUUCAGACCUGUGCAAACUUCAAGUCCUUGUGAGUGACUUUCUUUUGAGAGGGCCUGUGAAUGACCUCUCCCAACAAUUCGAGUUAUUGAGAUCUAACUGGUUCUUGACAAUUUCAAUUUCCUGUUUAUUGAUAAACAUGAUCCAGGUGGGAACAAGCAGAGCACAGUUGAGAUUCCGAUUUUCAUCCACAAAAUUUCAACUUUUCUUCGUUAUUUCCACACUGGUCAAGAUGUCCACAGAAAGGUCCAACCAAGAGACAACCCAGAAAGCUACCCUGUUUACCAAUUCAUCUACUUUGCAAAGGUCCGUCAAUGUCACAUUUCGGUCUCCCUCGGCUAUUAUGAUAUUCAAAGCUCGUCACUCUCACCCUUCUGAAUCGUCUCCAUAUGGCUCCAAAUGCACGAACACAAAACUCCCCUGCCCCAAAAGUCCUCACCGCGUCAUCAAAAUUCCUCUGUACUAAAACGAGCCCCCAAGAACCUCACUUUAAUGGCGUCAAACUGAUGAAGCAACUGCUUUCCUUCAGAAAACCCAACUCGGCAGCCAACUUUUCUCUUUGUUCGUGAGCUCUGGCUUUCAAAGAUGGAGUUUUUCAAAAUCCCACCUCUGUUUCUGCUUCUUCUGAGCUCAAUCGUGUCCCUGGCUGGAGGCCAAAGCAGUAGUGGUAACCAGAUAAUGACGGAUGAACACCAAGCUUUGCUCGAUUUCAAGUCCAAAAUUACCUCAGACCCGUUUGGAUUCCUCAACUCCUGGACCAGCAACUACACCAACAGCUCUUCUUCUUCUUCUUCUUCUUCAAUUCAUUACUGCAAAUGGGCAGGGGUUACCUGUGAUGGAAGCAACGAGAGAGUCACUGAGCUCGACCUCAGCUCUCAGCUCCUCCACGGCUCGAUUUCCCCGUCGAUCGCCAAUCUCUCUUCUCUACGGGAACUGCGGCUGUACAACAACAGCUUCUCCGGCGAAAUCCCUCCCGGAAUUGGCAGCUUGGCGAGCCUCCAGAUUCUCGCUCUGCAAAGCAAUCUCCUCACCGGCGAAAUCCCUCCGAACAUCUCCGGCUGCUCCGACCUCGUCGGCCUUGUUCUCGGCGACAACAGGUUGGUCGGCAAGAUUCCGGACUCAUUCGGCGGGUUCUCGAAGCUCUGGAUUUUGAAUCUCGAAUUCAACAAUCUCACCGGCGGCAUCCCGCCGUCACUCGGCAACGUUUCCACGUUGCAGCAAAUCGCCACGACGUCCAACAGCCUCGGAGGAACGAUCCCCGAGUCGUUCGGCCGCCUCAAGAAGCUCAAUUAUUUGUCAAUGGGAGGAAACUUUUUGACUGGAACAAUUCCAGCUUCCAUCUACAACAUUACUUCCAUGGGCGUGCUCUGUUUUCCAGUGAAUCAGCUUCAGGGGACGAUUCCUCAUGACAUCGGGAACCUUCUUCCAAACCUCACCGAGCUCAACGUCGGAGACAAUCAGUUCACCGGAACAAUUCCUGCUUCGCUGUCCAAUGCUACCAACUUGGAGAGGUUUACGAUUGCUAUCAACCGAAUCUCUGGAACUAUGCCUUCUAUGGCGAAGAUGCAUAAGCUCUGGUGGCUGAGUAUUUCGACUAAUCUGCUUGGAACUGGCGAAGCUGGUGAUCUCGAUUUCCUUUCAACCAUCAGCAAUCGGUCGAGUUUACAGUUGGUCUCUCUGAGUGCCAACAAUUUUGGCGGAUCCCUGCCGAAAUCAGUCGUUAAUUUCACCGAGCUCUCGAUUCUGACUAUGGAUGUCAACAAGAUAUCAGGAAGCAUACCAGAAGGGAUGGCGAACCUGAAGAAAUUGGAGUUGCUAGAUAUGGGAAACAACCAGUUUACCGGCUCUGUUCCUGAAGAGCUUGGGAAAUUGGGGAAUUUGAAGAAACUGCAUCUCGAGAGAAACGAUUUCUCUGACGGAAGAAUUCCAUCUUCUUUUGGGAAUUUAAGUCAAUUGACACAUCUCCACAUGCAGUAUAGUUCGAUUCAGGGGACCAUUCCUCCAAGUUUGGGGAACUGCCGGAAUUUACUGUCACUAAAUCUCGACGGGAACAAUCUCGCCGGAGAAAUCCCUGGAGAACUUCUGACCAUUUCGUCUCUGACCAUCUACUUGGGCCUGGCGGACAACAGACUGACAGGCUCCUUGCCAAGACAAGUGGGAACUUUAGCAAAUCUCGGAGUACUUAAUGUCUCUCAUAACCUGUUAUCCGGCGAAAUUCCGGCGAACCUCGGAAGCUGCGUUAGACUGGAGACGCUUCUGCUGCAGAACAAUUCCUUCCAGGGAUACAUCCCCUCGUCUCUCAGUUCGCUAAAGGGCAUUCAAGUCUUGAACUUUGCGAACAACAAUUUGACUGGGGAAAUCCCAGAGUUCAUCGGGAGCUUCCAGUCACUGACGAGCUUGAAUCUGUCGUUCAACAGAUUCAAUGGCAGAGUGCCGAAUGAAGGCGUGUUCAGAAACUCGACCGCGGCUUCGAUUUCGGGGAAUGGUGAGCUAUGCGGCGGAAUUUCUGAAUUCCGACUGCCUGUUUGCAGCAAAUUGAAGGAGAAGAGUAAACCAAAGAGAUUCUCCACCGCCGAGAAAGCCAUGAUAAUUGGAGCUUCCAGCUUUGCCUUGCUUGCUCUGUUUUUAUCUCCCCUGUUUCUACUCUGUAUCAAAAGGAAGAAGAGAGUGGAACCAGAUGAAGAAGCUUCACCGAAUCGCCUCCCCCAAAUGAGUUACCACAGCCUACGGAAGGCGACUGGAGAUUUCUCUCCUCAAAAUUUGAUCGGAACCGGAAGUUUUGGUUGUGUCUACAAAGGGAUAAACCCAAACGACGGUGACAAAAUCAUAGCCGUUAAAGUUUUAAAUCUUCUUCACCCAGCAGCUGCGAAGAGCUUCAGAGCUGAAUGCGAGGUUUUGAGGGAAGUCAGGCACAGAAAUCUCGUCAAACUACUGACUUCGUGCUCGAGCGUUGACGGCAAAGGUAACGAAUUCAUGGCCUUAGUAUAUGAAUUCAUGGCUAACGGAAGCCUGGAUGAAUGGCUGCAUCAAGAUCCUGAAUCCGAAACUGAUCCGGAUUUGGAGUUCCCUCCGAGGAGGAAGCGGCUGAAUUUGCUUCAGAGGUUGAAUAUUGCGAUUGACGUCGCAAGUGCUUUGGAGUAUCUUCACCAUGGCCUGAAGACUCCGAUAGCUCAUUGUGAUCUGAAGCCGAGCAAUGUUCUUGUCAACCAUGAAAUGACAGGACUGGUGGGCGAUUUCGGGUUGGCCCGACUUUUCCCAGAAGCAAUAGCAGCCAAUCUUAGUAGCAGCCUGUCUAGUAGCUUUGGUGUCAGGGGAACUAUAGGUUACACAGCUCCAGAAUAUGGAAUGGGGAAUGAGGUUUCUACGAGCGGAGAUGUGUACAGCUACGGGAUGUUGCUGCUGGAGAUGUUCACUGGGAAGAGACCCACGGACGAGAUGUUCAAGGAUGGCCUGAACCUUCACCGUCAUGCAAAAGUGGGUUCCUGGACUGAAGCGAGAGAGAUACUGGACGUAGUUCUGGUUGACGAGAUUGAAGGAGCAUCGAUAUCCUUCGCCACGACCACUAUGGUUCAAGAAUGUGUGGUUUCUAUACUUGGGAUCGGCGUAGCUGCUUCUGUGGAGUCUCCCGGAGAGAGGAUGAGGAUCAGUGAUGUUGCAGUGGAGCUGGAUGGAAUCAGAGACAAGCUUGCAGAAGAUUGGUGAUUUUUCAUGAUCAUAAACAAGCGCCUACUGGUUUCCUUGUUAAUAGCUCUUACAAUAGUAGUUUCACGACAUACAUGAGACUGUAAGAGUAGUAAAGUAUAGUAUAGUAUACCAACAGCAAUUGUAACCAAUACCACUUUCUCAAUUAAAAGGGAGAGAACAGAUAAUGAAGCCUAAUUAUUCGAGUGUCGAAGGCUCGCACAUAGCCCUCGCUACAUCAGAUCAACUGGACAGGAUGAGGCAGCAGGAAGAUUGUAACUCCGCCCCACAAGCAGGAAAUACACGAACGGGAUAGAUCAAGGCGAGCAGGUCAGACGAAGCUAAUGAUUUCCCAAAAAGACCAAGAUGAAGUAGCAAUAGUUCUUUAGAAAGACUCAAAGAUCCACAACGGGCCACAGAUGUUCUCAAAGCAGAGAGAUGGAAUGAACGCAAAUAACGUUG